AUGGGCCUACCUGAAGGACCUGGAGGCCUAUGGAACGAAAAAGAGCCCCGGCAGUCCGCCCAAAAUGAACGCACGCGAAGUAAGGCGAAUACCACGGGUUGCGUCAGAGGGAGAUCGAGUUCUUCUCGAAUCCAAUUUGACCUGGACCUCGACGUGUCUCCACGCACGGUCCGGCGUUUGCUGAACAAGACAACCCACUUCCAGUACAAGAAGCGAAAGCCAACUCCACGUCUCACCAAAGCACACAAGCAAGCACGCGUGGAAUGGGCCAAGGACCACGUUUACUUCGGCACCAAGUGGGCACCAUGA